AUGUAUCAAAAACCAGCCAAUAGCCGCUACAGAGAAAUCGAGAGUCUAACUGACAACAUUGGGCAAUUGAGCUUUGAUGCUGCUGUGGAUUCUCCUAAGUUUCAGUAUCAGCCUAGUACCCCGUCAAAGUUUCGGGGCGAAAACCAGUCUCCUUCACCUACAAGAUCUGUGAAUGGGGCAGAUGUAUCGAGGAAUUCGAUGAUGGACGUUGAUGAUUCCAAUGCCGAUAUCGACUACACGCGAUCUCCAAAAAAGCUGCCUCUCGACUUUCACAAGAAAGCUUCCUCAAACAACACUAAGAGGCUUGUCAACGUGUGCCAAAUGUAUUUUCUUGACUAUUACUGUGAUAUGUUCGACUACGUUAUCAGUAGAAGAGAGCGUACUCGGCAGGUUAUGAGGUACCUCGAGCAGCAGCGUACGCAAGGUGUCGCGGGGCCAGAAAUAUCUAAAGAGUGGCAGGCGUACCUCGGCAAAGAAACGGGCAUUUUGAGAAAAAGAAGAUUGAAGCCAAAAAACAAAGACUUCGAAAUGAUAACUCAGGUCGGCCAAGGUGGAUACGGGCAAGUCUACUUGGCAAGGAAACGCGAUACCCGGGAGAUCUGUGCCCUUAAAAUUCUCAACAAAAAGCUUUUGAUGAAGCUGAAUGAGACCAACCAUGUUUUGACAGAAAGAGAUAUCUUAACUACUACUAGGUCUGAAUGGCUUGUGAAGCUGUUGUAUGCCUUCCAAGAUCCUAGCAGUUUGUACCUUGCCAUGGAGUUUGUUCCCGGCGGAGACUACAGGACAUUACUUAUUAACACGAGAUUUCUGCAGGCCCCUCAUGCGAGGUUCUACAUAAGUGAGAUGUUUUGUGCUGUUGAUGCGCUACACCAGCUGGGGUACACACAUAGAGACCUGAAGCCUGAAAAUUUCCUCAUUGACUCUAGGGGCCACAUAAAAUUGACAGAUUUUGGCUUAGCAGCCGGAACUGUAUCAAUGGAAAGGAUAGAAAGUAUGAAGAUUAGACUGGAGGAAGUCAAGAAUUUGGACUUCCCUAAGUUUGAGGAGAAAUCCAUGAAUGACAGAAGACAGAUGUACAAGAAACUACGGGACAGCGAUGUAAAUUAUGCUUCUUCAACCGUGGGCUCUCCAGAUUACAUGGCUCUCGAGGUUUUAGAAGCCAAAAACUAUGACUUUACAGUGGACUACUGGUCAUUGGGAUGCAUUCUUUUCGAAAGUUUAGUGGGAUACACUCCCUUUAGUGGUUCAUCCACAAACGAAACAUAUGAGAACCUGAGGUGCUGGAAACACGUGUUGAGGAGACCAAGAUGCGACAAUGGCCGUUACGCUUUUUCUGACAGAACUUGGGAGCUCAUUACAAGGUUGAUUGCCGAUCCUAUUAGUAGGCUCAGAUCCUUUGAGCACGUAAAGAAAAUGAAAUAUUUCGCCGAAAUUAGUUUUGAGAACCUCAGGAACGUGAGCCCACCCUUUAUCCCUCAACUCGACAACGAGACAGAUGCAGGAUAUUUUGAUGAUUUCACCAGUGAGGCGGACAUGGCAAAGUACGCGGACGUCUUUAAACGGCAAGACAAGCUAAGUGCCAUGGUGGACGACUCGGCUGUGGUAUCUAAGCUGAUCGGUUUCACGUAUAGGCACAGAAAGGGUAAAAGUGGCUCUAGUGGAGUUGUUUACGGAGGUUCGGAGCAUGCAGAUCCUUUUGCCACUUUUUAUUAA